CGGUGACUCCGAAUGAUUCGCCGGUGCGCGUCUCCUCGCCUUGUAGACACGUUGCAUGCUUAUAAAUCGAAGCGGUGGAUUUUACCAGAGAGUUUAAGUCCAGGUUGAGUUUGUGAAACGAUGCCGAUGAAGUUGGAAAGUAAUGAGCGAGGAUGCUGAAGCUGCCGGCAAGCCCGCUUUGUUCGGAGGAGCGCAAGGCUUUUGUGCCGCUGUCAUCCCGCAGCUCAUCCCCUGCUGCUUUGUCUUCACUUGGCCCUCGGAUACCGACCGUGACCGACAGUGCGGCUUGUCAGCGUUGGACUGCGACCACCACCCGCAGCAGCAAAUCAGCACCAUGAGUCUGUACGGGGCCGGGGCCGGGACUGGGGCUGGGACCAGUGGCGGUGCUGUUGGAGGGGCGAGAGAGAGGGGAGGAGCAGAACAUUAUCGGGAGCAGCGGCGGCGCUCCAGUGAUCGUUCUCGUGACUCCUCCCACGAGAGAGGGGAGAGUCAGCUGACACCCUGCAUCAGGAAUGUCACUUCUCCCACUCGGCAGCAUGACCGUGAACGUGGCGACGGAGGCUCAUCCUCCAGAUCCUCCAGUCCACGUCCACCCAGGGUUUCCCUUCCAUAUACACACGUUGGAGGGGCCUUGACUGUGGAGCACAUCUCUCGGCCCCUGGGUCCCCCUGGAGCAGACCAUCACUCAAAGACAUUGGGCCAAGGGCUGUGCGAUAUGAUCUACGUUUAUGACCUCAACAGUAAAGAGGGCCAUCGCAGUGGACUGAGACUGGGAGAAAGAGUGACGCUCAUUGUGGACAACACAAGAUUUGUGGUGGAUCCUGCCAUCUUCACAGCUCAGCCUAACACCAUGCUGGGCAGGAUGUUUGGCUCCGGGCGAGACAACAACUUCACACGACCCAAUGACAAGGGAGAGUUUGAGGUGGCCGAUGGCAUCAGCUCCACAGUGUUCAGAGCCAUUCUGGAUUACUACAAAUCGGGGAUAAUCCGCUGCCCUGACGGCGUUUCCAUUCCUGAGCUGCGGGAGGCAUGUGACUACCUCUGCAUCUCCUUCAACUACAGCACCAUCAAGUGCAGAGACCUCAGCGCCCUGAUGCACGAGCUGUCUAACGACGGGGCCCGGCGUCAGUUCGAGUGUUACCUGGAGGAGAUGGUGCUGCCGCUGAUGGUGGCCAGCGCUCAGAGCGGAGAGAGGGAGUGUCACGUGGUGGUGCUGACCGAUGAUGACGUGGUGGACUGGGAUGAGGAGUACCCCCCACAGAUGGGAGAGGAGUACUCACAGAUCAUCUACAGCACCAAACUGUACCGCUUCUUCAAGUACAUAGAGAACAGAGAUGUGGCCAAGUCAGUGCUGAAGGACAGAGGACUGAAAAAGAUCCGACUGGGAAUAGAAGGCUACCCAACCUAUAAAGAGAAGGUGAAGCGACGUCCUGGAGGUCGUCCAGAGGUCAUCUACAACUACGUCCAGCGUCCUUUCAUCCGCAUGUCCUGGGAGAAGGAAGAAGGCAAGAGCCGGCACGUGGACUUCCAGUGUGUCAAGUCCAAGUCCAUCACUAACCUGGCCGCAGCCGCCGCAGACAUUCCCCAGGACCAGCUGGUGGUCAUGCAGCCUCCGGGACCGCAGGUGGACGAGCUGGACACUCUGCCGCAGCCGCCGGUUGUCAACGACCCCUACCAGCCGCCACCUGGGCAGGGGCCAGACAACAUGGGCCCUCAACUAGCACAAGGCUACGAGGGCCCGAACCAGCAGGCUCAGGACAGUUUGAGCCAGGCCGCACACAGCCUGGCCCACGGCAACCAGCAGCAGCACGGCGGGAGCCACGCUCAGGCCACUUACCACUACGAGCCAGACCCAGACACACCGUCACCCUCCGCAUGAGACGCGCCGCACACCGAAUCCUCCACUGCUGUGCUCACACUGACAACAACAAGUGCUUCUAUUUUCAUCACCACACUGAGCUCAGUUCAGUUAGGAAAUGAUAAUAAACUAACGGACAAACAACUCUGACUCUGGCAUUGAUUGUAAAACUCACAGCCCCUCCACAAAGUGUAUGAAGUUCCAAAUGGCGACAGUAAGGGAAGCGAAGAAGCACAGAAACCUAAUUGGCCUUCCACAGCCAAUAAGCACACAGAGAGUAACCUCUCAGCAGAAAUUAAAGCACGUCUGGCCACUUGUUGCUUUUAGUGUGAACACAGACUUUAUUCCCCCCUACGGCCCCCACCCCACACUCCCUCCUGAGUGGCAGGACACCACUUUGCCUUCGUUGCACCUCAGCUGCAGCCUCUCUCAGUCAACACAGCAUCUGAAUGAACUAGAAACAUUCGGCAGCCAAGGAUGGAUGACGUACAUCAGCAGGCCUCCUCACCCACCUCGGCUCACUUUGUUUAUUUAUUUAUCUGACCAAAGGAGAGUUUAGUUGCGUUCUGUUUGCAUGUGAAUAUUGUAUUACAUUAUAAUGAAGCAUAUGUGCGAGCUGUGUAUGUGUGUGAGUGAGAGAUACUGCUGAGAUAUUGUACCGUACCGGAGAAGUGGAUUUCAGUGCCUCUGCGUAGUUUAUUUGGGCGCUGGUCAGUACGGUUCACUUCUUCCAGGCCUUGAUGAGAGGGUUUUUGUUUUACACAGGUUUCCAAGAAAAAUUUUCCACUCCCUUUUGUUCUUUAAACCAGUUGGUUUGGUUCCCAGUUUACGAUAGUUUUCUUUUUCCACUUGUUUGCUCUCACUCCGUCCCGACUGAGCUGCCCUGCACAGGUUCAUCACCACUGCUGUGAGCACACAGGAUGUCAGAAGAGAUGUUGAACUCUGUGUUUUUCUAAUAAAUGGUAUUCACAACA